AAAAUGGCGCUCGCUGCAAACUUCACCUGCCCAUCCUGUCUCUGCUGAGAAGAAACUCGCAAAAUCUUCUCAUCCUCACACUUUGCAAACUUCAUAAUAAGAAGCCAAAUCCAACAUGUGACUGAGCUGGCACGCUGUUAGUACAGGUUGGAGAGGACGCUAAAGGCAGCGCCAUCACGGCACGCCCUAACUCGGGAGUCUCCCGGAAAAAUCGGGAGGGUCGGCAGGUCAGGUUUUUUUCCCGUGAAGGAAUACCCGGCGCCCCAAACAACUUGAGCUCCAUAUCCACCUUCAACUCAACUCAACAAACGGCGAGCUAAACAACUCUGUGGUGAUUUUAAUGGUGUGUGAGUGACAUGAGCAGCACAAGUCAUCUGUGUGAGACGCACAACAUCAACAACAACAACAAAACAGGUGCAGGGAUGAAAGAUCCUCACGCACCGUUGAAAGAUGGAGCUCUAACUCAGUGAAGUCACCAGCUGCUCCGGCGUGAUUAGUGACCGUGCGCCUCGUUCCACUUUAACCCUUGCAUGACUACACGUACACGUGUGCGUGUGUGCGCGUGCAGGAGAUGACGCAGCCGGGUGGAGGCGCCUUCUCUCUCUCAGUUGCAGGCAGCGUCGGUCGCUGUCCAAAGUGCUGACGAGGAGCAGCGGGUCCAUCCUCAGUUUCAGUCGCUGUCCAAGGUGCUGAAAAGAAACACCGCUUUCCGCAGCUCUUGUCGCUGUCCAAGGUGCUGAAGAGGAGCAGCGUCUUCCUCAGCCUUAGUCGCUUUCCAAGGUGCUGAAGAGGAGCAGCGUCUUCGUCCUCAGCUUCAGUCGCUUUCCAAGGUGCUGAAGAGGAACAGCGUCCUCCUCCACCGUCGCUGUCCGCGGUGCUGACGAGGAGCAGCGCCUUCCUCCUCAGCUACAGUCGCUGUCCAAUGUACUGAAAGAGGAACAUCGUCGUCAGUCCGGCGCUGAUGAAAAUGUAAGAUAGGUGGAGCGCCCUUCCACGUGUGCAUGCGGGGAUUGUCCUGCCUGGAGCGGACGCAACAAGAGAGCUUUUUUUUCCCUCCCCACAAAACCAUGGCGUUGGACCUGCGCCUGCACGACUGGGAUUAAACGCCGAGGGACUCCCGCGAGCCAUGUGAUUUCUCAGAGGCGAGUCAGCUGAGGGGGAAUUUGACGCAGCGCAUACUUCAACGUGGACGACAUGUAAACAUGGAGCAGCUGCGGCUUUGCUGCUGAUUCUUCAACGUCGCCAAAUUUAAAUCGCAGAGGAUUAUAGUCUUUUUUUUUUUUUCUUCCUUCUUUCUUGGAGGCUGCAUAAGUUCUCCAUAACACACAUCGACCACUGCAGAUUCCUAAAGAAACACACAAACGCUGCCAGUCACAUGACCACGGGGUGAAAUGGCGCCUGAUCCAAGGUUUCCAGCGGCGGUGUAGGGAUGACAUCGCCCUAAAGUCCUGGAACCACGGUGGUUAAGCAUGGGCCCCGCCCUCUGGGCCGCCCUGGUCUUCCUACUGGCCCUGGGCCCCGCCGCCCGGCCGGCGAGCCAUGAGGAUUACGGCGGCGACGAGGCGGAGAGGCCGGCCGGGGACAGCCUGGUGUUCGACGACUACCGGGGCAAAGGCUGCGUGGACGACAGCGGCUUCGUGUACAAGCUGGGCGAGCGCUUCUACCCCGGUCACUCCAACUGUCCCUGCGUGUGCACGGAGGACGGCCCCGUGUGCGACCAGCCCGAGUGUCCCAGACUCCACCCCAAGUGCACCAAGGUGGAGCACAAUGGAUGCUGCCCCGAGUGCAAGGAGGUCAAGAACUUCUGCGAGUACCGGGGCAAGACCUACAAAAUCCUGGAGGAGUUCAAGCCGUCGCCGUGUGAAUGGUGUCGCUGCGAGCCCAACAACGAGGUGCACUGCGUGGUGUCGGACUGCGCCGUCCCGGAGUGCGUCAACCCCGUCUACGAGCCGGAGCAAUGCUGCCCCAUCUGUAAAAAUGGUCCAAAUUGCUUCGCCGGAUCGACAAUCAUCCCAGCCGGGAUUGAGGUGAAGGUGGACGACUGCACCAUCUGCCGCUGCCAUAACGGCGACUGGUGGAAACCAGCUCAGUGCUUGCGGCGCGAGUGCCUCAACGGCCAGUCGUCAUAGACUCAGGCAAGAUCCUGACCAUGGACACCCUUUUGUCUUAGAGAGAGACUCAGGCAAGACCCUGACCAUGGACACCCUUCGUCACAGAGAGAGACUCAGGCAAGACCCUGACCAUGGACACCCUUCGUCACAGAGAGAGACUCAGGCAAGACCCUGACCAUGGACACCCUAUGUAUAGAGAGAGACUCAGGCAAGACCCUGACCAUGGACACCCUUUGUCAUAGAGAGAUAAUCUGGCAAUACCCUGACCAUGGACACCCUCUGUAUAGAGAGAGACUCAGGCAAGAACAUGAAUCCCUGGAUACCCCUUGCCAUAGAGAGAGACUCAGGAAAGAACCUGGCCCUGGAUACCCCUUGUCGUAGAGAGAGACUCAGGCAAGAACUUGACCCUGGACACCCUUUGUCAUAGAGAGACUCUGGCUAGACCCUGACAAUUACACCCUUUGUAUAGAGAGGGACUCAGGCAAGACCCUGACCCUGGACACCCUUUGUCAUAGAGAGACUCUGGCAAGGCUCUGACCCUGGACACCCUUUGUUAUAGAGAGAGACUCAGGCAAGACCCUGACCUUGGACACCCUUCGUCAUAGAGAGAGACUCUGGCAAGACCCUGACCAUGGACACC